AUGGAGUAAUAUUAAGAAAGUUAAUUAUAAUUGAUAAGUUUAAUUAGACAAAUAAUAUAAGAUGACCCCUAGAAUCUAGAUAUUUUGACAAAUAUUGAAUAAAUAAAACGACUUAAAUGGUUAGGAGAAUAUGGAAUGGAUAAGAGAAAAUAAGGUAAGUGGGUAGCUAUUUGGAAUGGAGAAGUUCUCAGUGAUAUUGAAGGGUAUUUUGAAAAUGGAUUUAGGAAAGGUUUAUGGAAAGAACUUUUUAAAAAAUAUUGUAGGUAAAUGCUCAUUCAGAAAUUUAAAAAUAGUCAAGCCAAAGUUUUUGAAAGUGGAGAAUACUAGAAUGAUAAAAGAAGUGGAAUAUGGGUAUAUAUCUAUGAUAACAAUAAAAUGUAUUAUUAAAAAUAUAAUAAGUGGAGGGGGAUAAUAUAAUGAAUGAGGUUAGAAGAAUGGUAAAUGGAUUGAGUUGAGUGAUGAUUUUAAUUGUAAUUCUUAACUCCCUUAUAUUGGAGAAUAUAGAAAUGGUCAAAAAGUUGGUAAAUAGGAUAUUUGGUAUAAGAAUUAUUAAAUUGGAAAGAAUGAAUAAAUGUAAUCUUAUAUGGAAAAGGAAAAUAUUAUGGUGGUUGUGGAUAGUAUGAAGAAAGUAAUGAAUAGUAAACAAUUUGAAGAUGGAUUGAGGUUAGUGAUAAGUUCAAUGACUCUUCUUAAAUUACUUAUAAUGGUGAAUAUAAAAAGGGAAGAAAAAUUGGUAGAUGGGAUAUUCAUUUCAAAAUUACAGGAAGGAAUGAGCAGAUGUUAAAUAUACUUAAAUAUUAUUUAAAAAUAUAUUAGAAGUGGACAAUAAAAUAACGAAGGAGGUGAUAAAACAAAGAUUGGGAGAAAAAGUAAGAUUAAGUGAUAGUUUUUUUUAAGUAAUUUCAAAUAAAAAUGUAAGAUAGGACAUCCAACAAGAUCUAAAAGUAAGAAAUGAGUAGAUGUAAAAAUAAAUAUUUUCAAUUUAUCAAAAAAUGAUAUAGUGGUGGAUCCUAUGAUGAAGAGGUGAUGGGUAGAGUUGAGUGAUUCUAAUUCAUAAGUAACUUGCAUAGGCGAAUAUAAAAAUGGGUAAAAACAGGGUAGAUGGGAUAUGUAUUAUAAUUAUGGAGUAAAUAAUAGGAUGUAAAAUUAUUAAAUUAAAAAUGAUUUAUAAAUGAUUCAGUGGUGGUGGAUUAUAUGAAGAUGGUGAACAUGGUGUAAAGAUUGGUAAAUGGAUUGAGUUGAGUAAUAUUAAUACAUAACUAACUUACAUAGGUGAAUAUAAAAAAGGGUAAAAAGUUGGUAAAUGGGAUACUUAUUUCAAUUAUUUUGGAAAUAAGUAGAUGUAAAUAUAAAUUAUGUGAACUAGGUAGUGGUGGAGGAUUAUAUGAUGAAGAAGGUGAAGGAAUUAAGAUUGGAAGAUGGAUUGAAGUGAAUGAUGAGUUUUUUGAUUCAUCCUAAGGAACUCUUAAUGGUGAAUAUAAAAAUGGGUAAAAAGUUGGCUGAUGGGAUAUUUAUUUCAAUUAUGGAGUAAAUAAUAAGAUGUAAAAUAAUUAUUAAUUAUGUAAUCGUUUUAGUGGGGGUGGUUCAAAUGAUUAAGUUAGUGUUGGGAUCAAAAUUUGGAUAUGGAUUGAGAUAAAGGAUAAUUUUAAAUGGGCUUUAUAAACUACUUUGAAUGGAGAGUAUGAAAAUGGUAAGAAAAUUGGGACAUGGAUAGAAAUGCAUGGUAAUAUAAAAAGUAAAGAAAUAAACUUUGAACAUUGA